AUGAACAACAGAAGGAGGGGCAGCGGAGCCCCAUACGAAGACCGAACGAAAGAACCUACAGAUAGUUCCUCCAGACAUACCCACUCAGAUAGUAAGGACAGAAAUGAUGCGAAGGAGAGGAAAAGCCAAGCCAGUAUUGAUAAUUUUGGAAGGAAAGUAUGGGACAAAGAUUAUUACAAAAAGAAAGCGGAAGAAAAAACAACAAAUGAGGAGGAUGAACUUAUUCUAAAAUUACUGCCUGAUCUGAAGAAGAGGAAAGUACCUUCUCCUCCACCUCCAUCUGAGAGGAAGCUCCUAGAGGGAAGGAAAGAAAUCCUAACACUUGAAAAAAAUUUAGGAAAAGUACAAAUAGUAACAGAAAAGACGGUAAAACAAGAGCAAGGAGGUUACUACUGUAAAAUUUGUGACUGUGUGUUGAAAGAUUCGCAAACUUAUUUGGACCACAUAAAUGGAAAGAAUCAUAAUCGAAUGCUUGGCUAUAGCAUGAAGGUGAAGAGAGUUGCCCUCAGCGAUGUUGUGAACAAACUGAACGUCCUGCGGGAUGCAAAGAGGAAGAAAUCGCAGGAGGAAGAAGUUCCUCUGGAUGACGAUCCAGAAAGGAGCGUCAAAAAGAGGCUCCUCGAUGUGCAACAAAUGGAAGACAUGAAAAUGCAACGGCGGAAGGAAAAGAAGCUACUUAAAAAGUUGGAGAAGCAGCGAAGGGCUGAGCAGGAAGAGGCAGAUGCACUGGAGGAAAACGAUGAUCAGGAGGAUGACGAAGAUGCUCAGUUAAGGAAGAUGGGUCUGCCCACCUCCUUCGCGUGA